AUGUCAAAAGAAGGGGAUUUUCAAAUCAAGCCUGAGGCUGUGACGCCAGCAAACGAUACCUCAGACUGGCCACUUCUAUUGAAAAAUUAUGACAAACUUCUCGUACGGUCGGGACACUAUACCCCCAUACCAGCGGGCUCAUCGCCAAACAACAGAGAUUUAAAAUCCUACGUUUCUUCCGGUGUCAUCAACUUAGAUAAACCUUCGAACCCUUCAUCUCACGAAGUUGUAGCUUGGAUAAAGCGUAUUUUGAGAGUGGAGAAAACCGGCCACUCUGGAACCUUAGAUCCUAAAGUCACGGGGUGUUUGAUUGUUUGUAUCGAUCGUGCCACCAGAUUAGUCAAGUCUCAACAAGGAGCAGGUAAGGAGUACGUGUGUAUAGUGAGGUUGCACGACCAGCUCCAGGACCCCAAGGAGCUCAAUAGGGCCUUGGAGAAUUUGACUGGUGCCUUGUUCCAGAGACCUCCCUUGAUUUCCGCCGUCAAGAGACAAUUGAGAGUGAGGACUGUCUACGACUCCAAAUUGAUUGAGUUUGACAAUAAGCGCGGCUUGGGUGUGUUUUGGGCCUCGUGUGAAGCGGGCACCUAUAUGAGAACCUUGUGCGUUCACUUGGGAAUGUUGUUGGGUGUCGGUGGCCACAUGCAAGAGUUGCGUCGUGUGCGCUCCGGUGCCAUGAGCGAAUCCGACAAUUUGGUCACGUUACAUGAUGUGUUGGAUGCGCAGUACGUGUACGACAACACGAGAGACGAGUCUUAUUUGAGGAAAAUCAUACAGCCAUUGGAGACUUUGUUGGUUGGCUACAAGAGACUCGUGGUGAAGGACUCUGCUGUCAACUCUGUGUGCUACGGUGCUAAAUUGAUGUUGCCUGGUUUGUUGAGGUACGAAAGUGGUAUCGAAUUGUACGAUGAAGUUGUAUUAAUCACCACUAAAGGUGAAGCUAUCGCUAUUGGUAUUGCACAAAUGACCACCGUGGAUUUGCAAGGUUGCGACCAUGGUGUUGUGGCCAAGGUCAAGAGAUGUAUAAUGGAGAGAGACACAUACCCAAGAAGAUGGGGUUUGGGACCGGUUGCGCAGAAGAAGAAGCAGUUGAAAGCCGAUGGCAAAUUGGACAAAUAUGGUAGAGUCAAUGAGGAAACUCCCGAAACGUGGAAGAAGGAAUACAAGGACUUGGAUGAAGCUCCAGCUCCACCUGUUCCCGAAUCAAAGUUGAUUGCUCCAGAACCGCAGUUGCCAAAGAAAACUUUGAUUGAGGAGGUUGACAUUAAAGAGAAGACAGAAACGACAGACAAGAAGGAAAAGAAGGACAAGAAGGACAAGAAGGACAAGAAGGAAAAGAAGGAAAAGAAAAGGAAAGCAGAGGAUGACGAUGGUGAAAAGAAAAAGAAAUCUAAAAAGGAGUAG